CGCAAGGCCGUUGUUGUAAUUGGCUUUACAGUCGCAUUUCUAAUCGUCAUCAUUGCCCGCCUUACAAAUGAAGUCAGCUUUCCUCUCAUUCUCAGCUGCUUUGGACAAUCCAGUGACCAAUGGGUGCCAUUUUCCUACACACAAAAACGACAUCUAAGGGCUCACUAUGGAUACCUUAAUGUUAAAAAUCAAGAGCCUCUGCAGCUGGAGUGCGAUCUCUGUGCCAUUAUUUCAAACUCCGGUCAGAUGACAGAACAGAAAGUAGGAUCUGAAAUUGACCAGGCUUCCUGUAUAUGGAGAAUGAAUAAUGCUCCCACCAAGGGCUAUGAAGAAGAUGUUGGAAAAAGGACAACAAUAAGAGUUGUCUCCCAUACUAGUGUCCCUCUUUUGCUGAAGAACGCAGACUAUUUUUUCAAGGAAACCAAUAGUACAAUUUAUGUCAUCUGGGGACCUUUCCGAAAUAUGAGAAAAGAUGGAAGCGGCAUUGUAUAUAAUAUGCUGAAGAAGACUGUGGACAGUUAUCCUGAGGCCAAAAUCUAUGUGACCACUGAAAAACGCAUGAGCUACUGUGAUGAAAUAUUUAAAAAAGAAACUGGGAAGGAUAGAAUCCAGUCUGGCUCCUAUCUCAGCACUGGUUGGUUCACCUUAAUUCUAGCGAUGGAUGCCUGCUACAGAAUACAUGUCUACGGAAUGAUAAAUGACACCUACUGCAAGUCAGAAGGCUUUAAGAAAGUUCCGUAUCAUUACUAUGAACCUGGGAGGAGUGAAUGCGAUGAGUACUUCCUUCAUGAAAAUGCACCCUACGGAGGCCACAGGUUCAUCACAGAAAAGAAAGUAUUUGCCGAAUGGUCUAAGAAACAUGCAAUAACAUUUACACACCCUAAUUGGACUUUGUCUUGAUGCUGGUUGUCUCAAACUUCCACAACAGAUUUCAAUGACAGUCCUCCUUAGGUGAUAGCGCAGAAAGUGAUGGUUCUGCUGUGUGCUGUUUGUGUGUCUGUGUGUACUCAGCUGUGGAGGAUUUUUAUUCUGUCUCAUUUUAACUGGAUUUUUUUCUUUCUUAGAAGAUCAACUUGGCCACAGCUUAUUUGCUUAGAGGAUGAACUUCUGCUAUGAGGGGAAAACACCAUCCUAUGCAAGCUCAGUGCUGUGCUGAGUUCUGUGGAUAAUGUCUCUAGUACUUGAAUUUAAAUGACAAAUGUUACUAUUAAAGUAACCCGCCCACCUUUUGGGCAGUAACAGCCAGACAAAUCAGUCUUGUAAAUAUACAGUUUGCUUAGCUGCAGAUUUACUGCAAAUGAGCUACUUAGAGAUGUGCUAAGAAGAUCCUGAUUGCACUUGAUUUCUUUAAGAGGGCUGACUAAGUCUGAACUCAGAGACAAUCCAUAUGAUUAUGACAGAUUGCCCACCAUCACCUCCAGGUGUUCUGACAUGGUCUCCAUUUUCUCAACAUGUAUUUAUUUAAGUUAUAUCCCCUUUUUGGAGCACAACU